AGAGGUACAACGUUGCAACAAUGUGAUCUAUCAGCUGCUCCAGUGUGUCAAUUUCAAGGGUUUGCUACAAAACUACUGCUUUCAUAUCAGCGCGUUUUUGCGCUAGAUAUUUGUAACUGUCACACCGCUGAUCAAAAAUUACAGAAGUGCCAUGCUUUAAAAGCAACAGAAAUCCUCCGAUCACAGCCAAAUACAGACAGAGAGGAGAGUCAAAGCUGGGAAGAUGGUACUGGACCCUGGAGGAGGGUCUAUGGAGCGGGCAGCAGGUAGGGGUACACCGAGGAGUGAAAGGCCAGAGAUAGCCAAGAGGGAGGUGGCACGUAAUGGACUGCGCACCCCCCAUUCACGCCUACAGUCAUCCGCUUUCAGCCGGUCGAAAGCAGCUCUUAGCUCCCGAGGGAUUGUGUCAUCUGAGGCAGAGGUCACAAGGUCCUUGAGAUUGGACGUCCAGAACUUGACGUUAUCAGAAACCAAAAGGUCAGCGGGCCUGGAGGUCAAAAGGUCGACUAAACCAGAAAUUCGGAAGACGCCAGAGUCUGAGGUGAAGAAUCCGCCAGGGUCAGAGGUAAAGAAGCCGUCUUCAUCGGCGGUGAAAAGGUUUUCGGGGUCAGAGGUGAAGAGGUCAUCAGGCCGGUCACCUGGACCCCCCUCCCGCAGUCUGACAAGCCCGGUGUUUAAUGGACGUGGCAGCUGGAUGCGGCGCAGCGAGAGCACGUGUGCCAUGAACGGGGCGGCAGGAGGUGAACGUGGCGGCAUGCGCCCCGCCACCUCGCUCCCCCACAUCGCCCGUGGGCCUCAGCCUGGGGCCUCGUCAGGGGUAGGAGGUAAAACCUGCCUGCUUGUCGCCCUGCGACCCACCAACAUCGACCAGGAGAGGGAAGCCUUCUUCCAGGCCGGUUUCAACUAUGAGCCACAAUUUGAGUACGGAGAGCAGCAGGCUACGAACGUCCUAGAGAAAUACCGUGAGGGGUCUAGUCAGUUCCUGAUGCAGGCUGUGCGAAUCAUGCAUUGCGUCCUGCGGAAGUAUGGCUCCUAUGAGAGUUUCGAGGUGGCCACUGGGGGCAAUGUUCUCCCAAAGUGCCAGGUGUGGGCAUCCGUCCGCAAGUAUCUGCAGAAGGAGGGCUGUGUGGGAGAGGUGGUAGUGCGCCUGUCGGAAGAGCUGCUGUCUCAGGCUGUGAUGAUGGUUAAGAGCUGCCGUCCGACUCUCACUAUCAACCUUGCAGGCGCGCGGCAGCACUGGCUGGAGGGAAUGCUGCGCCACGAGAUCGGGACACACUACAUCCGCGGCGUGAACAACAACAAGCAACCGUGGAACAAUGCGGCCGGGCGGAAGCAGUUCGGUCUGAAGCCUGCGAACCCCACAGAAGAGGGCCUUGCCAGCCUGCACAGCGUGCUCUUCCGCCGCAACCCCUUCCUGUGGAGAGCUGCCCUGCUCUACUACACAGUCUACCAUGCCGGACACAUGAGCUUCAGCCAGCUCUUCAGCGACAUCGGCCAGUUCGUGCAGGACCCCGCCGUGCGCUGGGAAUACUGCGUCCGAGCCAAGAGGGGGCAGACUGACACCUCUAACCCAGGCUGUUUCAGUAAAGACCAGGUGUAUCUAGACGGGAUUCUGAGGAUCUUGAGGCAUCGAAGGAACAUUGAUUUCAAAAUGCUGGCAUGUCUGGGAAAGGUGUCCUAUGAAGACGUGGAGCACUUGAGGAAGUUUGCAGUUCUUGCGCAGACCCGAAUCCCGCACUUCAUGAAGGAUCAGCAGCGCUAUCUGGAGCAGCUGGAUCACAUCGUCGCUGCCAAUGAACUGAAUGACGAGGAACUGUGCCAGCUGAUUCCAGAGUGACCCUAUCCCAGCAGGACAGCAGGGGAGGAAACAGGCAUCGCUUGCACU